UCUACUUCCAGGGAUUUGUAGUUUUUAGUGUACAGAACGUCGCCGCGCGGCGAAGGAGCUCGCUGGAGUAAGACUACAGUUCCCUCAGAGCCAGUCGGAGGUGUUAGUUGUCAAUAUGGCUGUUGUCAGACAGACAAAGCGGAGAGGCAAAUAAUUCGCCUCUGAUUAGAAAUCCUUGGAAAAGGGUCGGACAGGGCACUGUUGUCAAAUUGCUCCAUUGUUCGACUGCGGUGGAACAAACAGCGCAUCUUUGCACAAGUUGCAAAGUUAAAUGGUUAAGCGGACGAUUUAAAGCGAGCAGUAGGAUGUCUGAGUUUUGCGAGGAGCCGCGCUUCACCAUUGAGCAGAUAGAUCUGCUGCAGCGGCUGCGUCGCUCUGGCAUGACCAAGCAGGAGAUCCUGCACGCGCUCGAGACUCUGGACCGGCUGGACCGGGAGCACGGCGACAAGUUCGGCCGCCGCACCUCUUCUUCCUCCUCCUCCUCGUCCUCCUACGGAGUAGGCGGGGCAAACAGCUGCACCAACAACUCUGCCUCCAACACAACUACCACUUCAUUCAACAAUAACAACACUGCCUCUGCAACCGCCGCCUCUUCCGUGUCGUGCAACGGCAACAACAGCGCCAUCAACAGUGGCGAGGGAAGCUCCAGGGCCACUGCCUCCUCCACGACCUCCAAAAUCUCCACCGCCACGCAGACGCAGUUCGGCAGCAGCGGUGGACUCUCGCCAUCUCCUAGCAACAGUUAUGACACCUCCCCGCCUCCAGGGCCGCCACCGCCUUCUGCUAUCCUGCCAUCGCCCGUGUCACUGGUGGCGCUGUCACAGAAUGGGCGCGAUAGCUUAGCCGCUACACCCAAUGGGAAGUUGUCUCCUCCACGCUAUCCAGUAAACAGUGCAGCUGCAGCCCGAGCAUUUGGGUUUGAGGCUACAGAAGAAGACCUGGACAUUGAUGAUAAGGUGGAAGAGCUAAUGAGGAGAGACAGCAGCAUGGUGAAAGAGGAGAUCAAAGCUUUCCUGGGAAACCGGAGGAUUUCUCAGGCAGUGGUGGCACAAGUCACAGGCAUCAGCCAGAGCAGGAUCUCUCAUUGGCUGCUGCAGCAUGGCUCUGACCUGAGUGAGCAGAAGAAGAGGGCCUUCUACCGCUGGUACACGCUGGAGAAAACCACCCCAGGAGCCACCCUCAACAUGCGACCGGCCCCGCUGCCUCUGGAGGAGAUGGAGUGGAGGCAAACCCCGCCGCCCCUGGCCACCGCGCCAGGCACCUUCCGUCUGCGUCGAGGAAGUCGCUUCACUUGGAGGAAGGAGUGCCUGGCAGUGAUGGAGAGUUACUUCAAUGACAACCAGUAUCCAGAUGAGGCCAAGCGGGAGGAGAUAGCAAACGCCUGCAAUGCUGUUAUUCAGAAACCAGGGAAGAAGCUGUCUGAUCUGGAAAGAGUCACCUCAUUGAAAGUUUACAACUGGUUCGCCAACCGUCGCAAGGAGAUCAAGAGACGAGCUAACAUUGAAGCCACAAUCCUGGAGAGUCAUGGGAUCGACGUCCAGAGUCCGGGGGGACACUCCAACAGCGACGACAUCGACGGGAACGACUUCUCGGAACAGGCUUGCGACUUGCCCUAUUUUGACAAGAGACCUCUGAGCCGACCAUUUGGCCUUUAUCGACUGGAGCCCACCUCCCCAACACAGGAUGACAGCGCAGCACACAGCGAGCACCAGGACCCCAUAUCUUUGGCCGUGGAGAUGGCCGCCGUCAACCACACCAUCCUGGCCCUGUCUCGAACUGGAGGGGUCCCUAACGACAUCAAGACGGAGUCCCUGGAGGACGAAUGAGCCACAUGGGGGCUGGGAUGGAGGAAGCGGAUGGAAGAUAGAGGAAUGUGGGGAAGGGAAAACGAAUGAGAAGAAAAGGUGGGAAACACCUUUUAAACAAACUAAAAAUAGACAAAAAACAAUACUACUUGGUAGUGAAGCUUCUAAAUUUGCCAACUGUACCGUUUCUCUCGGCUUCCGUCCUCUCCCCCCCUUGUCCUACGACGUCCGUGUAAACAGUAAUUAUCCACCACUCCCACUCUACUUAAUGUAACGACUGACUGGUGGGAAGGGGUCACUAUACGUCCUGAGCCCUUUCAAUAUGUUCCCUUUUGAAAGACGAAAAUGGCGCAAUCCAGGUCCUCCAGAAACUGUGGCUCUUGGCUGGAAUUGCGUCUCCUAGCAACUCCCCUCUCUUCCUUCAAAACACUUAUACCUCUUCUCUUGGCUCUCCUCUACCUUAUACCCCGUCUCCGUCACUCUCCAGCCUGGUUGUCUGAGCCGAUCCUCAGUCUAUCUCACCUCAACGUCAACCUCAGAAAAAUUAUGUGUACUGUAUGUAUAAUAUAUAUAUGGUUCUAAUGGUUCUCAGUCUCACUCACCUUAUGGAGUGCUACCUACCUACCUACCUACACCUGGAAAAAUUCACCCUCCUCAUUGUGCAAUUUCAUCAGAAGAGCUUUGGUGUCUUGGCGAAGACAGCUGGAGAGCUUUUCCACCUCUCCCUCUUCAGAAUGGAUAAUAUUGGCAGACCGAACUGUCCAGCCUCCGUCUUCAUCCUCUCUAGUUCUUCUCAAUCCUCAGCGGAAUGACUUUCUUAAUUUUCCUAUAGUGUAGCCGGCAUUGGAUGAAACCUCUAAAGAGUGAUCUUAUUAUGAAUAAGACGCAUUUCAGUUAACAAAACUUAAGGUUCAUAUUCAACAGCAGCAAUGGUUUAAGCCGGUUUCAGCUCUGGUAUUUAGCUUCACCAUUAUUAAUUACUCAAGAAUACUUGAGAGCUACAGUACAAGAAUCAAUUUAGGGUUAAUGUGAUGAUCGAGCAAAUGUAAUCUGUCUAAAUAGGGGAAUUGUGCUGUGUCUUAAAUGUCAUCCAUGCCAAAGGAACAAUAUGCUUGGAGGAAACAGCUGAGGCUAAGACAAGGCGUCGGACAAAGGGUUUCACAUCCAAUACUAUUUGUACUAAACCUUUAGUGCAAAAUGUUUUUUUCCCCUUGUGUAAGUGAAGCCAGUGGGCUUGACACUACAGCAGGGCUGUGCCAGGAGGAGGUGUCUAAUAAUGAAAUAACGCUCAGCUAUUUACUGUUCUGUGACGCUGCCUCAUCAUAGUAGCCUAAAGAAUGUGCUUUCAGGAGAUUAUUUUGAGAUGAUGGUAUCAAGCAAGAUCAAAUCCACACUGGAAACGGUUUUGAGUAUCAGGAGAAUAUCUGAGGCAUUUUUUUAUGCUUUAAUUACAUGUUUAUAUCCUUAAAGGUUGAAGGGAAUCAGAAUCAAAGACACUUUAUAUGAUCAAAUUGAAAUUUAUUUCCCACCUUAUUUUGCCUUGGAACAUUUCCCGAACUGUCAACAUGAAAAUCUAUAAAAUAGACUAUACUAAGGCUAAAUCUGGAUGAUUUGACAUGUAUUAUAGUUCUGUCUGGCUGAUUUUCAGCCAAGGUAUGAGUAUGAUUCCUUGAUAAUGUUUUGCGACUACUUCCUUUGUUUGCCGGGAGUCAUAAUAAGGAGAAAAUUCUUACCAAUCACACGUACGCACAAUAUUGAGUGGGCCAGUGGAGACGUUAGCUUCGCUUGAAGCUGGAGGAUGAAACUCACUAGGCAGCAUGUUACAAUAUAUGUUUAAGCUGUAUAAUGAUGCAAUAGAGAAAGUAUGAAAAUGUGGUUACGUACAUGCUGAAAACACUUUCUUUGCAGGGAGGAGUUACUUCCUGUGCCCAUCUUUGCCACACGAGGUAUAUUGAUGUUAAUGAGCGGACGCAGGGGUUCCAGGCACUCUUGCAGUGUUCUAGUCUUUCUGCUAAAUGUCUCCUGGUCCUGGCUUCAUAUUCAGCUAAAAGCACUUUAGCACUCAAAAGGACAUUUCAUUCUUGUGUGGACGUAUAAAGCAAGUUCCUGCAGAUUCGGAGCUAAGCUAAACUAACAGUCUCCUUGUCUGAGCUUGAUAUUGAGCCAUGGUAUUGAUCUUCUGUAGAUUUGAGCAAAAUAAGCAGAUCUGCCUAAAAGUCAAACUACUCCUUUCAAAGGGCCUUUGCCUUAGGAGAUCUGGAGAGCUGGGCAUAUAUUCAACAUAGCAGGGUGAAACAAUGAAGCCAGUAAAACCCACCUAUGAUGGAUCAGGUCAUCUGGUACCUGGAUCCUACUAUAGCUCCCUGUCCUGGGCUCCAGUCUAUCACAGCUCUGUGUUACUCUUCUGCUUCAGUGUGUGGGAAGCUACAAUACAAUACAGUGACUCAGUUCUAGGACCUGUGUUUCAAAAAGAAAUGGUUGACAGAUAAAAAUAUGUAUUUAUACUCCUUUUUUUAUGGUAAUGUACAAAAAAUGACAAAAUGAAACAUGGUAUUGUUAAAUUAAUUAUGUUUUUUAUUUUCUCAUAUCUAUUUUUCUAUUAUAAUUCAAAUGUGUUGUUUUUUUGUGUCAUCCCUUAUUUGAACAACAGUUUCCCCUGUUCGUGUCUAAGGUAAUAUAAAGCUAUUCUAUGAAAGAGAUGAUGCACCUUAUGAAAAUUAAGUACCACUGCUGAUUCAAAAACGGCAAAUGUCUAAUAUUAUAUCAUGGGCUGGUGUGUAAAAGUCAACAAAACAUUUAAACACAGCUGCUUUACUCAUCACAUCAUUACCUCCCAGCCGCGCUACAGUUUAGUAAAUACAGUAAAGUCUAUUCUCCUACUAUUGAAGUAAGUGGAGACACAUAAGUCUGCAGAGUUUGGAGCGUGGUGUAAUAUGUUCCAUAUGUGGCACAACUAAAGAGCUACAGACUUUGGAACCAAGAGGUUGCCAUCUGUAACUUUGGCCCCUGGCAACUGAAAUACAAAUUGAAAUAAAAGGUGAUGUGUUUGAGACGACACACACUGUUAGGAUGGAUUCACGCCACUAACUUGCCAAGCACAAACGAGAAGAUGUGAGUUGAUAAAAAGCUAACCCUGAAAAUAACCUUCGCAUCCGAAUUUUCUUUUUGAGGAAAGUUUUCCCCUGGAGCUUGGUGUGAAUGUCUGUGUCCAUACAAAAAAGACUUUAUGUUUAAGUGAAAUAAUAUUGGAGUGCAGUAUAUGAAGCAUUUCAACGAACUGCCAUUGUGUAUGAUAGACGCUCAGCACGGUUACCGAGUAAAACCUCUACUCUGGCACUAAUUCUCACACACACGCACAGUAGCAGGCUUUCCUCCGCUAAUGUCCUGCUACCCUGAAGCAGUGUCCUCUUAUGGUGUCAGGGUCUACGUGUCUUCGUGUCCCCGGCGGAACACUUCCCACUUCAAUGCAAUAUAGCUCAGAAAAACAGGACUGAAUGCUGUUGUUUUAAUCUCAACCUAAUUAUUUUCAGAAUUACUGUAUUGCCCAUUUCAGAAUUUAGUGCCUUUUUUGGACAGUAGACUGUUCUGUAAUUAAGAUGUAGUAUAUAUAUACACAUUUUUUGUACAGUUUCUUUGUUCAUUUUUUUUAACUUGUGUUUAUUUUAGUAUGAUAUCUAUCUAUAUAUAUAUAUAUAUAUAUAAAAAUGUACAAGAGAAUAAAGCUAUAUCAAUGAGAUUUUUCCUGCUGGUUACAAAUCUAUACAGAUAUGCAUCACACAUUGUUUUGGACAACAGAACAGUACAAUUUAUUAUUUCAAGUUGAAUUAUAAUGUCAGCAAUAUUCUGUAUUAAUCAUUCAAUAAAUAAGCACUCAGGUUGUAGAAAUUCCACUUGAUUGUGUAUGUAUAAAACCAUCCCACAUUAAUACCAUUAUGCAUAGUGUGUUCCAAACCCUCAAACAUGUCAUGUACAUACAGUCUCAACACACUGUAAAACAUUCAAUGACCUGCCAGUGAAAACAAUGUCCUAAAAGUCAUGCAUCUGUUUUCUAAAACAGAUCCUUUCCAUCCAUCUU